UUUUUUUACAUUUCAACUCCAAGAGGCUCAGCGGAGCGGCUCCGGGACCGUGUGUGUGUGAGGCGGCGAGGCCAUGCGGUGAGUCUUGUGAAGAAAGCAACCUGAAGACAAUGCAUCUGUGACCCCUCACACCAGCUCGCGCGCCGGGGCGAUGGAAGUUCUAGAGGGCCGCCAGCAUACUGGUCCCGUGAUAGCUCCAAAUGGAUAUGCCAACAGGAUUUUCCAAGCAAAUGUGGAGGAAGGGAGUACUGAUGUGUUGGAGGGCUGUGGUGCUGAGCACUGCACCUCCAGUGACACGAUCCCCAGUGAACGGGAGGAAGCACCCAGGUAUAAGAAGAUGACCAGGGGCAGCCGGAUCUGGAACUUUGUUAGACGAAGGAAAGGGCUCUCGGCCAAUAAAGAAAGACCCCAGUCCAUGAUCCUACUGGGAGUUACCUCAGAGGUCACAGAAUUAAAAAAGCCAUCCUUCAUGGACAGGGUAAGGCCAUCAAAAAAGGGAAGAACCUCCAGGGUGGCUAAGAACACGGAUUUGAGAGCAUCCACGGUCCAGGUUGCCUGUGACCCUGAGGAGGACCAUCAUGGCAGUGGGCAAAGAGCUAUCUACAGGGUUAAGAAACCAGGUGAUGGCCGGAGGCCCUCCCGCCACUCGUAUGCGGGGUACAUUGAAGAUUUGGAUUCUUCUUUUGAAGACAUAGAGCUGAACAUCAGCAUUCCUGAAAUUGAUGUCAGCGAAAGCAAAUGUCUCAGGGAUAUUAAUGUCAGGUUACACAGCGAGGAUAAUGAUAGCAACUGCCAUAAAAUACCAGCCAGAAAGAGCGAGUCUUUGAAUUUUGAGAACUUUAAGAGCCCUUCAAUUACAGAAGGGGACAAUCAAAAGAGGUGUGCUGUGCUCCCACAGGAGAGCAGAAGAGGCAGAAGCUCUGAUGUCUGGAGCUAUCUGAAAGGAAUUUCAUUAACUGGCAAAGAUAAUUCAAAGCUUCCAGAUCAAAGGGCUGAAGCCAAUUUCCAGAACUUAGAAAAUAUAACUGAUCCUUCUGCUUCUUAUUUCGACUUUGAUACGAGAUGUGAGGAGAAUCUCAGCCAGCGGAAAAAAUCAAACAGUGCAACCAAAGCCACCCACUUUGGGGGUGUUGUGAAAUUCUUCACCAGUGUGGCUGAGGCAGCUCGGAGGCUGCGAGGCUCCACAAGGGCUUUUUCACCUGAUGAGAAAAGGCCUCAGCGGAGCUUCCGAGGCUGGAAGCAGGAUGUGACCUCCCACAAAGAGGGCUUGGUGAUCGAGAACGAGAGCGCAGGGGCGUUCUGCACGGUGGGAGCUUGUCUGCAGUCCCCAGAUUCAGGCACGUGGGACAAUCUGAGCUUUGAGAGUUUGGUGGGGAAGGAGCCUAUGCAGCAUUGCAAAGCCACAGAGGCGUCACACAAUGUUGGUUCCUCUGCCCUGGGCAGCGAGAAUGGUAAAUGUAAUCAAAGAUCACUUGCACCCUUUGGGCCAGAACCGUCCAUCUCCUGCUUGCCGGAGCAUGCAGGUGGCUCUUUCACAGAGCUAAACACUAAAGACCUCCCUGAGGAUUUGAUUGACUUUCCACAGAUGGCUUUGGCCAAACAGGCUGAGGAUUCAGAUAGCACUCCUAAGAAGACACAGGUCAUGAGCAGGGAUGUGCCCUCUUCUCAAGGUCUUCCUGUGAGUAAUCUGGAUACUGCAGACCUAGACCAUUCUUCAGCUGCUGAUGGUGACUUCCCUGCAGUGACUGAGGCUCUGAUCCACCUUCCACAACCAUCACUAACUAAACUUGAUACUGAUUAUGUGGCUUGUGCACCAGUGGUUGCUAAAAAAAUGGGUCCAUCUCCAGCUCAGGAGCUUUCAAAGACAGAACUGGAUACGCAGGACUUGAGAAAUCCUGAGCUGCCUUUGCAAGACUUGUCUAGAGAUGCCUCUAACGGAAGCUAA